UUCACAAUGAUCCUGGUAAUGGUGCGGAACACCAUCUUCCUCUUGUUGGGCAUUAUGUUGGGCAUUCGACUCACCGAUUUCAUAGGCUACCUGAAGCUGUGGAGGAACAACGACUUGCGGGCGAGUGAGAAGGCGGCUCUGCUGAAGUAUCCAGUGGCCUCGGAGGAGCACCUGGCCACCUGGCUAGAACGGGAGGUGCGAAUACUCUGCCUGGUGCUCACUAUGCCAUCUUCGCACGCCACAAAGGCGGCGCUGGUGAAUCGCACAUGGGGAGCCCGGUGCAACAAGCUGAUCUUCAUGAGCAGCCAAACAGAUCCCCACCUAAAUAUACUCCAGACAAACAUAUCCGAGUCGAGGAAGAAUCUCUACGCCAAAGUGCGCAAGGGAAUGGCCUACGUACAUGAGCAUCACCUGAACGAGUACGACUGGUUUCUGAAGGCCGACGAUGACACUUACAUUGCAAUGGAAAACCUGCGCCUGUUCCUGUAUCCCUACGAUCCGGAAUCGUCUGUGUACUUUGGCUGUCGGUUCAAGGCGUACUUUUCCCAGGGCUACAUGUCCGGUGGCGGAGGCUACGUGCUCAGCAGGGACGCCUUGCGGCGCCUGAAUCUCUUCGCCCUGAACAGCUCCACCAUCUGCAAGUUGAACGGGGAGUCCGAGGAUGUGCAGAUCGGCCACUGCCUGCAGGAUGUGGGUGUCGUGGCGGGCGACACUCGGGACUUCCAGGGUCACCACCGCUUCCUGCCCGUCAGCCCCUUUACUGUGUUCCCCAUCAUCCAAACUGACUCCUGGCUGGAAGGCUACUUCUUCCACAAGCCAAAUAGAAGUGACUGCUGUUCUGCUUCGGCCAUAUCCUUUCAUUAUGUCAAGGACUUUGAGUUUGCGUUUUUCGAGUUCUUCCUGUACUACCUGAGAGUCUUUGGAUUGUACAGGACGCCGCGGGCUCUUCCAUCGCGCUUGGGAUUCCGCCAGAUGAACGAGCGUCUGCUGCAGUGGUCACAACAAGUCACGGAUAACAAGGGAUAACCAAGGAUAUCCGGUCUAGUUUUGCCCUUGACU